GUUUUGUUUACUAACUUUUGAAAAUUACAGAUUUAAUCAAAAUGAAGCGUAAAAAGGAAGAAUCACUCGACACUUCAUUCACAGAUCAAGACACAAGCCCGAAAAAACAAAAAGUUAAGAAAAGUAAAAAGAAAAAGCAAAAAAAGCCCAUUGAGGAACCGGAACCGACUGAGGAGCAGCUAGAAAUGGAGGAAUCAUUUGAAUCAUCAAUAGCUACAACGCCAACAAAAGGAACACCGAAAGGAUCAAAAAAGAACAAAAAAGUUCCACAGCAACAAGAUGAUACAAGUUCUGAGGAAGAACGAUGGCUGGAAGCUAUAGAGAGUGGCAAAUUAGAGGAAGUGGAUGAUGAAUUAAAGAAAAUCAAGCCUAAAGAUCCAAAACUGAUGACAGCUAGGCAGAGAGCUAUGUAUGAAAAGAACAUAAAUGAAUCAGGUCCAACAAGUCCAACAACUAAGUCCAGAAAGUCAUUACCAAGUACAACAAUUGUAGAUGGUGUGCAGGCAAACGUUAGCAGUAGUGGUCAGUUAUUAUUAGCACUUCCAAAUUUCAAAAUUAAGAAGGAAAAAGAGAAACAGCCAUUGACAGCUGAAGAUAUUGAGAAAUCAAAGGAAAAGGCACAAAAAAGGAAGCAGCUUGCUGACGAGAAACGUGAAAAGGAUAAGAAAAAGACAAUGGAAAGGCUUUUAAAGAAACAAGACUCAAAAACUGUUAAAUCAACUAAGUUAAGGCCCAAUAAAUACACGAUUCCUGUCAUAUCCUACAAAAAUUCACGAGAUGGGAUUUAUUUAAGCUAUCCACCGAACCUCACCUUCCCAUUACAGCCUAAAACUGCUAUUGACCCACCUAAAAAAGUCCUUUGUGGAAUCACUGGAUGUAAAAAUCUUAAACGAUAUAGCUGCAGUAAAACAAACAUCCCAUUAUGCUCACUAGAAUGCUAUAAGAAGAAUGUCGAGUCUGUCAAGCAAAUGAUCUUUUAACCUUUAUUUAAUUUAAUAAACUAAACUUUCACAAAUUUAGAUGUCAUGAA